AUGGCAGACCGAGGGCAAGGCUCGAAACCUGCAUAUGCCGUGGAAACGAGAGGUCCUCUGCUGAACACAGGCUCCGACAGCGACAGUGCGCCGCCUAGAUACUCCAAAAGUGCUCGGCGGCUGUUGUCUGUCAGUGUUAUUUCAGAAGGCUUCUGGAUUUACUCCUCGCACUCUGCUGCGCCUACUUCAUCAUAUUCGCUGCUCUGGUCUAUUCCAGGCGCGAUCAGGCUGUCAACCGACCAGGCAAUCAGGACUUGCUUGAAGCCGCCAAAUAUGAUUCACGACGAUUCUAACGAAGUCCAGUCUCCCACUAUCUUCCCCAUCUUAUUUUCCGCAGUUGCUGCCAAGUUUUUAAGAGCAGUUGCGGCUCUCCAACUUGAACAAGGGACCUCCAUCCUCGCGCUCGAAUAUCUCCUGCAAUGCCGUACCGUCUUCAGCACUUUCAUAGCACCAGUCACUUUGAAGACAAUCAAUGUCCUCACACCACUUCUUUUCCUCCUUUGGGCACUCUCCCCUCUGGGUGGCCAAGCCGGGCUGCGGGUGAUAUCUACGCAAGAAUCCUUUUUGAACGCGACACAGAAUUUUACAUAUCUCGCCUUUGUGUCUGAAUUUACGAACGAAGGUAUCAAUUCGGCCUCAGCAGAGCCACUUGUCCCGAUUAAUGCCAUCUUCACCUCUGCUAUCAUCGGCUCGUCGAAAUCAAAAAUUUCGGCCCAAGACCAAUUCGGUAACGUCAAAAUACCCAUCUAUGAAAGCCUACCUUUGUCGUCACCCGAGGACGACUCAGACUGGAGGUUUGUCCCAGACUCGGGUGACGUCCAAUGGGGUUCUCUCACUGGGCUGCCCCUGCACAACCUGCCGUCAACCGGAGUCUCGCGGUUCACGAUGAACACUGGUUAUAUGGUGACAAGCUGCAAUGUUUCGGGCCACGAUUGGACUCAAGCGUACAGACAAAGCCUUGAGCAAUAUGUAGGCUGGAGCGGUGCGAACUACGCCCUCUCUCCGAACGGGUACGGCCAAUUCGCAGUAACAAACUUUACCUUCCGAUCUCUUGAUAUAUAA